AAUCCUUAUGGGCACCAUAUGUACAUAAAUCAUACAAUCAUUGAAAUUUAGAAAAAUAAAAACAAAAUCGAAACAUUUUCCAUCAAAUUAAUCAAUUAUAAAUAACAUUACGAUCUCGUGAAAAUAUUUAAAUUUAAUCACGCAAUGGCUGCAGCUCCAACUGCUAGUAGCACGGAUGACGUUUUUAAGAAACACAAAGUUGUGCCUGAUGUCAUAUCUGCCGCACCAAAGCAAUUUCUAAAGGUGAAUUACAAAACUGUGUUGGCUGAAAAUGGAAAUGAACUGACACCGACGCAGGUGGCAGCGCAGCCCACAAUCGAAUGGAGUGCCGACAGCGAUGGCUUUUAUACCAUAAUUAUGACGGAUCCGGAUGCACCAAGCCGCAACAAUCCGAAAUUUCGUGAAUUUAGCCACUGGCUGGUUACCAAUAUUCCAGGAACCGAUAUAAGCAGUGGUGAUGUCUUAACCGCAUAUGUAGGGUCAGGACCACCACAAGAGACUGGUCUUCAUCGAUAUGUUUUCUUAGUAUACAAACAACCAGCGAAAAUACGCUUCCAAGAAACUCGUAUACCAAAAAACAGUAGUCAAAAUCGACCAAACUUUAGUGCAUCAAAAUUUGCAAAGAAAUAUAAAUUGGGUGAUCCCGUUGCCGGAAAUUUCUUUCAAGCGCAGUGGGAUGAGUAUGUACCCACUGUGCAUAAACAAUUAUCUGGAAAGAAGUGAACUUUAGUGUAAUAUAUUUGUAUGUAUGUAUGUAUGUAUAUUUGAUUGUAAUACAGCUGUAAUAGUGGCAUUGAUGCAAUUUUAUCGUAAUCAUCGGAUAAUCGGAUUUCGGAAAAUUUUCAGCGAGAUCCACACCAAAGACAAAUUAUUACAAAAUUACAUUUUUAUUAUUCAACAUUUGUUUAAUUACUGUCUUCUUACUGACAAAUUUCGAAUAGUAAAUUCCAAGAUCAACUGUA